AUGACAUCUCCAGUAUUGAAAUCACCACUAUCCAAGUCCCUCAGAGUUGCAUUAUUGCAAUUGAAGGCAGGUGCAGACAAAUCAGCCAACUUGGCUAAAGUCACCAAAUACAUUGAAGAAGCAGCUGCCAAAACUCCCUCAGUUGAUCUCGUCAUGCUACCAGAAUGUUUCAAUUCACCUUAUGCUGUUGAUCAGUUUAGAAACUAUGCUGAAAAUAUCCCUGAGGGAGAAACUACUAAAUUGUUGUCUUCAAUGGCCAAAAAGCAUGGGAUUUAUAUCAUCGGCGGCUCGAUUCCUGAAUUGGAUUCAGACAAGAUUUACAACACGUCAUUGACAUUUUCACCUCAAGGUGAAAUAAUUGCCAAGCACCGUAAAGCUCAUUUGUUUGAUAUCGAUAUCCCGGAUGGGAUCACUUUUCAGGAAUCAUUGACCUUAACUGGUGGUGAUAAAGCCACCGUUUUCAAAUUGGGUGAUUAUGGAAAUGUGGGGCUUGGUAUUUGCUACGAUAUCAGAUUCCCCGAAUUGGCUUCAAUUGCAUCACGUAGUCCAUACAAUGCAUUUGCUAUGUUUUAUCCGGGAGCUUUCAACACUACAACUGGUCCCUUACAUUGGCAUUUGUUGGCUCGCGCAAGAGCAGUUGAUAAUGAACUUUAUACCAUCUUGUGUUCGCCAGCUAGGGAUGUAGAAGGUGGCGGGUAUCAAGCAUAUGGCCAUUCUUUGGUUGUCGAUCCAUCAGGUAAGAUUAUAGCUGAAGCUGGUGAAGGUGAGGAGAUUUUAUAUGCCGAAUUGGAUAAAGAUGUGUUGACCAAAGCAAGAGAAGGUAUCCCUGUCCAUUACCAAAGACGUUUUGACAUUUAUGGAGAUUUCGUGAAUGAUAAGUCGACAAAAGUUGGCGACAAGUAA